CACCCCUCUCGCCCUUCAUCAGUGACGGUAGGGAGCAGCUGCAGCUGCAGCUGCAGAAGUCCCGAGCACUGGAAAGGGAGGGACUGGACUGGAUGAACCUCGCCUUGCUCCCGCUGCACACGUGCCAUCCUGCUCCUGUCCACGGUGGCAUCACGAGUGCCUGGACUUGCCUGCCUGCCUGCCUGCGGUCCCAAUCAACCGUUACAAUGCGGGUUUGACUGGAGGGGGAUCAACAUGUCAGGGUCACAUGCCAACAUGCCAGUGCGAUGUUCCCCUCUAGCUGCUGAUAGCGCUGCCGGCCAUAUGACCAAGAUAAGCCCGCCUCUGUGUGGUACUUGCAUCGGGCUCGGGCCUAGGUAGGCACGGUAAGUGCUGCACUCGACCCUUAGCAUCCCUGCCUGUUUGACGUCGUCAUCCAUACACAUGGUAGACUACAUUGUGCCUCCCGCGGUCCAAGUACUAAGUAGGCAGACGGCCCGCGCCUUGUCCUCAACCAUCGCAACUCGCCUCAUCAGCCCCUAUCCGCCAUCACUACAUUCCCUACGGGCACAGCACUGCUUCGUCCACCGUCGCUUCUCUUCCGGCUGACUCUCAUUAUCAUCUAUCUCCCUGGCGCCCAGCACAUCUCCACCAUGAUCCUCAGGCGCAAGGCCGCGGGUGGUGAUGCCUGCACCUCUGCUGGCAGAGUAACCGCCCAGCUCCUCUUAUCAUUCCUCGCCUUCUCACCAUCACCCGCACAUGCUGCCAGCCAGCCCAGGGCAGACGACCAGGCCGUCUUACAAUUCCGCCCCGACUACUUUAAUCCUACCCCUGAACCCCCAGCUCCUGCAGAGCACACAUUCACCCUCAGGCAUGUCUACCACCACGGCACACACAGGCACCCGACCCUCCACAGGAAACAAGAUGUCGCACACACAGAUCAGGAAAUAUGGCUGGCUGCCGAGGACGACCAUCCAGAGUUACGCCUGCCUCCAUUACGAGCACGGAGCGAUGCUACUAGGAUUCAGAGGCUUGUCGAUAGACGGCCGAGUGUUGUGGAUCCCAUGGUCGCUACGUCACGGCAGCAAGGCUACGUCUCGGUCUUAUCGCCAGAUGCCUGGACUCUAGAUGACAUCCCCGGCCCCAACAUCACCGACAGGGACACUAUCGUCAGCCUCGCCUACAUGGCCGCAAACGCAUAUGUCGAGACCCCAGACAACGCGGAAUGGUCCGAGGUCGGCGGUCCCUUCAACAGGUCGGCCGAUUUUGGGUGGGAGACUGAUGGGCUUCGGGGCCACAUCUUCGCCGAUGACACCAACUCGACGGUCGUCAUAGGGUUGAAAGGCACUUCGAUGGCCAUAUUCGACGGCGAGGGCACAACAACAAACGACAAGGUCAACGACAAUCUGUUUUUCAGUUGUUGCUGCGCUCAGCAGGGUCCCUGGCUGUGGCACCAGGUCUGCGAUUGCGCGACGGGCACGUAUUCGUGCAACAACACCUGUGUGGUGCAGGCACUGAGGAACGAGAGCAGGUAUUACAUGGCGGCGAGGGAAUUGUACUCAAACGUGACUGCACUCUACCCGGAUUCAAACAUCUGGUUGACUGGCCAUUCCUUGGGAGGCGCUGUUAGUGCCAUGCUCGGCCUCACAUACGGCCUGCCCGUGGUCACAUUCGAAGCUGUCCCUGACGCCCUCCCGGUUGGCCGACUCGGCCUCCCGGUCCCACCCGGCGCCGACCCAAGCAACCCUCAAACACGAGAUUACACCGGCGCUUAUCAUUUUGGCCACACCGCAGACCCGGUGUACAUCGGGACAUGCAACGGCGCGACGGCAUCAUGCUCCUAUGGUGGCUACGCUCUGGAGUCAGCAUGCCACACAGGGCGCGAAUGCGUCUAUGAUGUCGUCGCCGACAAGGGUUGGCGCGUUGGCAUCGGCACUCAUAAGAUUCGGUCCGUGAUCAACGACGUUAUACUCAAGUAUGACGAGGUUCCUGAAUGCAAGUUCACGCCCGAGUGUCGCGACUGCGCCAACUGGAAGAUGUACGAGAGUAACGGCACCGAGACUACGACCACCUCGAGAUCCACUUCCUCCACGAAGACCAGGACGAGAACAGAGACCUGCAAAACUCCUGGUUGGUGGGGGUGUUUGGAUGAAAGCACGACCGGGACGGCCACGACAACUACGACCACUACGACGAGCACAUCCACUUCGACCUGCAAGACCCCAGGCUGGUUUGGUUGCAACGACAAGACCACUCCUGCCACCACCACUACUACCACGUCGUCAUCGUCAAGUACCGAAAGCACCGCCACCACCACCACCACCUGUGAAACACCAGGUCACUUCUGGGGAUGCUGGGACACGACUACCACGUCGGGAUCCACCACAGGCGCAGCUACUUCGGAGCCAACAGUGACCGGGCCGACCGUGACGACCACACGGCCCAUCACGCCAAGGCCGACGGUGUCACCUGCCCCGUCACCCACGUCCGCCUCGGCGGCGCCGACUCAGUCGCACUGCACGCAAAGGGGCUGGUUCGGUUUCUGCAAGGGCUGGGGGAAACAGGGCGAGGACGAGAUAUGAAGGCGGUGUCCUAUCACGGGGUUCGGCGUGGUCGGGCCACAUGGCAUUGUGAGUUGUAACUAGGUAGCACAAGGAAUCCACGGAGUGAGGGGGGGGGGGGAUCGGAUAGGGAAAGGGGGAACAGGCACUGUGAACGGCGUUUCUUUGGGUCCAGGUUUAUCAUCAAGCACACAGCCCCCGAGCUGGAUUCUUUAUCGGCAUAAGAGAGAGUUUUGAAUUGUACAUGUCUCAAUCGCUCAGCCCGGUUGGCGUUAGAUUUAUUCUUUGACUUACAAUCGAUAGUGUAAUGCAGCAAGCACUAACU